CUUUUCUCACCAACUAGAAACCAAGCUGAUGCUUCACACGAAUUCAUUAUUGGAGGUGAUAACAACCAGUACUCCUACAUCCUAGAUGGUUACCGGGGUAACGAGGUUGUCAGGGUUGAAACCCCAGAUAUUUUGAGUGGUUCAGACUAUAACGAUUUCUGGAUUGAUUGGACUGGUGGAAACGUCAGAGUAGGAAAUGGACAGAAUGUUGGCCAGGAUAUCUUCAUGACAUGGGAUGAUUCACGUAGAUUUAGAUCCGACAAUGUGGGUAUAUCCACCUAUGAUGGCGUGACUGGUAACUGGAUAAUAGUGAGAGACACAGAGAUAAUCACUCCACCACGCUACGAAUACAAUUGGGUGGAUGACUUCAUCGUUCGUG